AUGACCGUCACACGUUCCCAGACGGGGAAAACCCCCAAGAAAAUGGACCGUCCUGGCUUCGUGGAGACUCCCAGGCGGCGAGUCACUCGCAGCAGCGCGGUGCCCUCCGAGACAAACACAGACGAUGCGUCGGAUUCUGCGGUCGAUGUUCGAGGACGGUCCAAGUCGGCGACGCGCAGCAGACGUACACCCGCUAGAGUCAAGACGGAAGAGCCUUCCGAUGACGAGCGCAAACCUGUUGCGACCAACGGGCAUCCCGAACCGGCCGAGAAGAAAGCGCGGAUCAUUGACGGCUGGGAGGAGGGCAAGGACCCCAAGAUCGACUACAGCGGACAUUUUGAAUUCGGUGGAUCGCUCGGUGUCCUGUCCAUGAUGAUUGGGUUCCCCCUCCUCAUGUACUACAUGUGGAUUGGGGCCACCUAUUACGAUGGCAAAUUUCCUCGUCCGGCGGAGGGCGAGAGUAUGGCGAAUUUUGUCGCGCAUUUGGGCCACCUGGCGUAUGAGGGCGCGUUCCCGACCCUCAAGGCGUGGGCUAUCUACUGGUCCUUCUUCGUCUUCGAGGGCAUUUGCUACUUGUAUCUCCCUGGUAUCACGGUGAUGGGCCGCCCUCUGCCUCAUCUGGGCGGCAAACAGCUGCCGUACUAUUGCUCCGCCGUGUGGUCCUUCUACACCAGCAUCAUUCUGGCUCUCACUCUCCACUUCACCGGGAUCUUCAAGCUCUACACCAUCAUCGAUGAGUUUGGACACCUCAUGAGCGUUGCCAUCCUUUCCGGAUUCCUGGUGUCGUUUGUUGCCUACUUUUCCGCGCUGGCCCGGGGCGCGCAGCACCGCAUGACCGGUUACCCAAUCUACGACUUCUUCAUGGGUGCCGAGCUGAACCCCAGAAUGUUUGGUAUUCUGGACUUCAAGAUGUUCUUCGAGGUCCGUCUGCCCUGGUACAUUCUGCUCUUUGUCACCAUGGGCGCUGCGGCGAGGCAGUAUGAAGUCUACGGUUAUGUUUCCGGAGAGGUGGGCUUCCUCCUGAUGGCCCACUUCCUGUACGCGAACGCCUGCUCCAAGGGCGAGGAAUGUAUCGUCUCGACAUGGGACAUGUACUAUGAGAAAUGGGGCUUCAUGCUGAUCUUCUGGAACCUGGCUGGCGUGCCGUUGAGCUACUGCCACUGCACCAUCUACCUUGCUAACCACGACCCGGCGACUUACCGCUGGAACCGCAUUUUCCUGACCUUCCUCUACGUCGCCUACCUCUUCGUGUACUGGGUGUGGGACACCACGAACAGCCAAAAGAACCGCUUUCGUCAGCAGGAGCGCGGCACCCUAGUGUUCCGCAAGACGUUCCCCCAGCUCCCGUGGCAGACCCUGACGAACCCCAAGACCAUCACGGCUGCCGACGGCUCCAAGAUCCUGGUUGAUGGCUGGUACGGAAAGGCUCGCAAGAUCCAUUACACUUGCGACCUGUGGUUCGCGCUGAACUGGGGUCUCGUCACCGGCUUCAACAGCCCGUUCCCUUGGUUCUACCCCGUUUUCUUCGCGUGCAUGAUCAGCCACCGUGCCCUGCGCGAUAUCCAGCGUUGCCGUAACAAGUACGGAGAGGCGUGGCUGGAGUAUGAGAGACAGGUGCCUUAUCUGUUCAUUCCUGUAAGUUUUAUCAAUUUUCCUUGCGGAAGCAUCUAUGUGUUUCAUCCCUCUAUUCCCGGCUAUCCCCACGCGCGCUUUCCGGGCGUAGUGGUCUUCAGCGAGAUCUACCAGGUGACCGGCCCUGUGGCGCGGUUCGCAAGACAGAUUGCUGGCCAGGGAUACAUCUGCGCGGCGCCGUCGAGUUACCAUGAAUUUACGGGACCAGAGCCGCUGGCGUACAAUGCCGAAGACACCGACAAGGGAAACCAGUGGAAGGUGUCCAAGAAACUCGCCGCGUACGAUGAGGACGCGUCGCUGUGCGUCGACUACCUACUGUCGCUGCCCACGUGCAAUGGCCGUGUCGGCGCGACGGGUAUGUGCCUGGGCGGACAUCUGGCGUACCGCUGUGCGUUGGAUAGCCGCGUCAAGGCGGCGGUGUGCUACUUUGCGACUGAUAUCCACAGUAAGACGCUGGCGGCGGGGAAGAAUGACGAUAGUCUGGCGCGGGCGGGAGAUAUCAAGGGGGAGUUGAUCAUGAUCUUCGGGAAGAACGACAACCAUGUUCCACCGGAAGGAAGGGAUUUGAUCCGAAAGACGCUGCACGACAAGGGCGUGCUGUUUAGUUUUUACGAGGUGGCUUGGGCUCAGCAUGCGUUUAUUCGCGAUGAGCUCAGCAAGGGACGGUAUGAUCCGGCGAUUACCAAAGUGUGCUUUGAGAUGUUGCUGGAGCUGUUCGGACGGACGCUGAAGCUGGAUCUGGGAGAGCAUGAUGGGAAGAAGUUGGAGAUUGAGGAUGUGUGUUAG